GCGGUGGAUUGUGGUUCCGGUUCCGUCGCGGAGACAUGUGAAGGUCGGUGAGUUGCUGCGGAGUUCCUCUCGGCACGCGUGGCGGCGCUGGGAUGGAUGCCUCCUCGUCUUCGUCCGCGGCGGGUUUGGGCUCGGUGGACCCACAGCUGCAACAUUUCAUCGAGGUGGAGACUCAGAAGCAGCGCUUCCAGCAGCUGGUGCACCAGAUGACGGAACUUUGUUGGGAAAAGUGCAUGGACAAGCCUGGGCCAAAGUUGGAUAGUCGGGCUGAGGCCUGUUUUGUGAACUGCGUUGAGCGCUUCAUUGAUACAAGCCAGUUCAUCUUGAAUCGACUGGAACAGACCCAGAAAACCAAGCCAGUUUUCUCAGAAAGCCUUUCUGACUGAUCUCAGCAUUACCUCUUUGGAAAAGGAAGGUAGUCCAAGAAAUGAAGAGCUGUUGAUGGGAUAGUUGAAGAAAAGGCUAUGGGGGGAUUGGCUCCCACCUUUGUCACUCUUGGGACAUCCUGUCAUCUGAGAAUGAACAAAGACCAGUUUUGUGUGUGUGUGUAUGUGUGUGUGUGUGUGUGUGUGUGUGUGCGUGUGCGUGCACGCUUUGAGGGACAUGUGUAUUUGACUGUGUUUUUUAAUGCUAAUCUUGUGAAAACAAUUGACAGAUGAAUGGAAAACUCUACUAGAUGCAUAUUACUGUAUGUGGGACUGUGCUUUCUCAAAGUCCCAUUAAUUGCCCUCUAUAAUUUUGACAGUGGAACUGCUUUCUCUAAUUUGAUAGUGGGACCACAUAGGUACAACCUGUCAUUUGCAUGGAUUCAUUUAGGAUUUCUGGGGAGAUUGUUAUACAUCUUUGUGUCUCUCAAAAAGGGCAGCAAUGAGCAAAGGGUAAUUUGCUACUUAACUGUAGGCCUCCUUAUCUAGUGUUUUGACUAUCAGUGUUGGAAAAAAAUCGAUGGGAUAUUCAUACAAUACACUUCAGCUUUCUAGAUAAUCUCCCCUAUGCUGUGAUUUACUUAAAUAUAUAAAGGUAUGGUCUCAAGGUAGUACAGGUAGCUUGAGUGUCUAGAGGCCUUUGGUUAUAAAGGAAUGUAGCCAGUGAGCAUAAUACUCAUUACUAAACUGCCACAAGGAAGAAGCUUACUGACGCUGUAUAUCAGGGUUGAAAAAAUUCAAAGAUGUGCCUAAGUAUGUUGUAAAGAUUUAGGCCAGUCAAGAACUAACAGCAGUUUCAGGUAGAGGUGCAUGUCUAAUGUUAAUCAGUAUAGGUUCCAUUGAUUGCAUCUUUUUAAUCACUGAAAUAAAAGCUUCUACAAAAUUAAA